CCAGGCCCCCGGAGCACACGGCGCAGGGUGCCCAUCUGCCACAUGGCUCUCUGGGACAGGAGACGAAGCAUCUCCCCCUGUCACUUUGACCAGCAGUCCCUGUAUGUGGUAUCAACGCCAGCAUUAAGGACAUCAGUGUGACGAUGUACCGCACAUAAAAACCCUGAGGUGAGCCCAAGGAGGAAGAGUUCCACCGCGACCAUCCGCCAAAAUGAACACGUCCGAGGGGCCGCCGCUGCUGGAGGCUGCAUUUGGCAACACCACUUUCUCGCUCCGCAACCUGACCGAGGUCACGGGCAAGACCAAGCCCACGGCCUGUGAGCAGCUCCAUAUCGCCACCGAGGUCUUCCUCAUCCUGGGCAUCAUCAGCCUCCUGGAGAACAUCCUGGUCAUCUCCGCCAUCAUCAAGAACAAGAACCUGCACUCGCCCAUGUACUUUUUCGUCUGCAGCCUGGCGGUGGCCGACAUGCUGGUGAGCGUCUCCAACGCCUGGGAGACCAUCAUCAUCUACCUGCUCAACAACCGGCAGCUGGUGGUGGAAGAGCACUUCAUCCGGCAGAUGGACAACGUCUUCGACUCCAUGAUCUGCAUCUCGGUGGUGGCCUCCAUGUGCAGCCUGCUCGCCAUCGCCGUGGACCGCUACGUCACCAUCUUCUACGCCCUGCGCUACCACAACAUCAUGACGGUGCGGCGGGCGGGCCUCAUCAUCGGCGGCAUCUGGACCUUCUGCACGGGCUGCGGCAUCGUCUUCAUCAUCUACUCGGACACCACGCCGGUGGUCAUCUGCCUGGUGUCCAUGUUCUUCGCCAUGCUGGUGCUCAUGGCCUCGCUCUACAGCCACAUGUUCAUGCUGGCGCGCUCCCACGUCAAGCGCAUCGCCGCCCUGCCCGGCUACAACUCCAUCCACCAGCGCACCAGCAUGAAGGGCGCCAUCACCCUCACCAUCCUCCUGGGGAUCUUCGUGGUCUGCUGGGCGCCCUUCUUCCUCCACCUCAUCCUCAUGAUCACCUGCCCGCGCAACCUCUACUGCGUCUGCUUCAUGUCCCACUUCAACAUGUACCUCAUCCUCAUCAUGUGCAACUCGGUCAUCGACCCGCUCAUCUACGCCUUCCGAAGCCAGGAGAUGAGGAAGACCUUCAAGGAGAUCAUCUGCUGCUACAGCCUGCGCAACGUCUGUGGACUCUCCAGCAAGUAUUAGGACCUGACCUUGGUCAAAUAUUUAUUUGAAGAGUUUCAACCUUUUACACAUCAGAACAAUUUCUGUGGAUUACUGACUAUAUAAAAAAGAGUAUUCAGAACAAAAUUAAUUCAUGCAUUUUUUCAUACGGUUUUAAUUUUUGAAUGGCAACGUGUUUUCUUGAAAAUUCUUGGAUCUGCUUGUGUGUUUUCAUGUUUUAUAGGUAUCUAAAGAGCAUUUCAAAUACAUAUUUGAACUGGGGUCAGCAAUGUAUCUGUACAUGGACGCCAGUGUCCAUGAUAAAUUUACAAUAAUUUAUUCAAAAACAUAAAACCCUGAAACCCCUAAUUCAGAAUGUUAAAACUUUCAUGUCCAAUACGAAGUCCCGUACAUUUUGUACAAGUGUCCAUCAUGGAGGAUUAUUGUGCCAACACCUGUGAUUGACCCAGUCGUGCCCAUAGAUAUGGGGGCUAUACUCUAGUAUUAGCAAGUCUUAGGACCACGGGAGUUUACUUGCAAAUUUCCAACAAAACCAAAAUACUUUGACAUCCUUUUUGCCCCAAUUUCUAUGGGUCUCAUGAGUGACACCUAACUCACAGAGUGGCAUCUCCCAGCCCACUUGCACUUGCUUUAUGUGAAUAUACUUUUUGAUAGUCAGGGCCUUUCUCUUUGAUAUAGAAACAGAUAGUCAAGUCACGCCUUAGAUGAUGAACAGUUUCUGAACAAUUUUGUUUCAUCUGAGGUUUCUGCUUGACACUUAAAGCGCUCAAGCAACAUGAAGUGUGACAGAAAGUCAAAUUUAUGUGAAAGCUUUCUGCUGUCAAAAUGGCAGUGAUGUGCAGUAAGAAUUCUCUCUGAAAAGAAUACCAGUGCUUCUGCCUGACAUACACCACGCAAGCCUUUUAUUGUGCCCAUUAAAUGGAUAUGUCACUUUUUGAUUUUUUUGUAUUUUUAGAUUUGCCCAGUUUUCAUGAGAAAUGAAGGAUUUUUUAGAUACUUUUGAUUAGCUCAUUUUGGUCAUGUGCCCACUGAGCUCAGCCAGUGCGAUUGGCUACUGCUUGGCCAGAGGAGCACAAAAAACAAUGGUGAAUAAACACCAUAAAAUGAAUCUAUUCAUAUGCACAGUCUUUGGUAAUAUAGUCUCUAUAAAAGCUGCUUUUGAAUUAGUUGAAGGUUAUUUUCUGGCUUUAGACAAAAAACCCAAAUGCCCCUAUAUUAGGGAUUGUAAGGUUGGCAGGUUGUCAUAAAAUUCUAUAAAUAUCUGAAAUACUCCACACUGUUUACUCUACACAAAAAAAAUGUCCUGGCCAAUCAAAAACAUAUGCUUACAGAUGAAAAAAAUAACAUUAAAAAAACCCUAACCCUAACUAUCCUUUCAAUUACUAUCAGUGCCAGGACCGUGAGAGGUAAUAUAGAUAAUUAAUGUAAGGUAAAAAAAAUUGUACCAAAUGAAUGUAGCUGAGUGCAAUGAAUACCCUAGAUCCCUGUUUCUCGAAUCAUGGCCCACAAGGUUCAAGAACUGGUGGGUUUCCACCCUCCCUUUACUCGGGAGUCAGGUGUGAAUACAGUCUGGUCAGUCAUUAGCACUAAUGGUUCAGUCAAUUACCUGGGGGAAAAGAAAACCAGAGCUGGAUUUGGAUUUGAAGUCCAGAUUUGAGUAUCCAUGCUCGAGAGCAAAGAAUAAGUUCAUAUAAUUCCCCAGCCAAAAAACACUGCAGCACUAGAAAACAGAUUUGCUUUAUUGACAGUAUUUAAGCAAAAGAAACAAGAAUACUUUUUUUUACAGUACAGCACAUAGAUCAGACUGAGACGUGAAUAUGAUCCAAUAAAGUGUCAAAUAAUACAAUCCAUCCACCAAACAUUUAGUUUUUUAUUGAUUCAUAACUUUUCUUGGCAUACGAUGGUCUUCAUUCACAUGAAUGAAAUUGAUCUUUUGCUGUUCGGACACCACAAAACAUAUAUAAUGAAAAUGAAAUUAAUGAUUUUUACUCCUGUUCAUUUUCUGCAUUUUUCUUACAGAGAUUAAUCUGCAAAUGAGAAACAAAACUUUGUUUGCCAUUAGAAAAAUGUACCUCUAUGAAAACAAGGAAGUAUUUUGUGGUGUCUGAGUGAACUCUGUAUGGUGCAUUGGUUUCAGGAAGGUCAAUGUUAAAACAAAUAAAUGCAGUCUCAAUUUACAUCCAUUUAUAGCGCUUAUUUUUUCUUCUAAAUUCUUUGCAUUUUUCAAAGUUAUUGCUUCCUGAGGUUCAAAUAAUCGUGUGAUAUGUGUUUAUCAGAGGAUAAUUCUGUCCUAUUUUUUGAGGUGGGAUGGGGCUGAGUUCUACAAGAGGCUGUGAGAAAGUGAUAAAGAAACCAUUGUAAUAUUAAGAUCUAUUGUAGCUCUAUUUACAUUUGUGUAAUGGAAUAUUGUAAGAAAAUGUUUUAAAUUGACCACUAUAAUUAAUUAUAGUGUUUGUUGUGCUGAUUUGGUAAAAUAUAUAAAUAUGAUUUUAUCCAAAUACAUAUAUAUAUAAAUACACCUUUAUUUUCAGGCGUGCUUUGGUUGGAUUCUGUUGGUUUUAGAAAUGAAAGCAAAACUAUUUGUCUUCAGGAGCUGCACAGUACAACAAUUAGAAGGAUAGGCGGGUCACUGCCUCUUAUGCAUUAAGCACCAUAAAGCAUCUUGACCUGUUAGCCUGUUAGCUAACAUGGUAGUGUUCGGAAAGUAUGCACUGAAAGGUGUUUUGACUCAACUUUUCAGUUUUUUAUGCCCUGAUUCUAGUAGCAACAAUGCCAUGGUCUUAACCACUGAAUGACUUUUGCCCUGUUGCUCUUACUUCCACACUGGCAAAGUGCGAGGAGAGAACAGUGAGGACCUCUUAACUCGUCAAUAGCAAACAAACUGGACACUUUACCAACUGUUUACAAAGCACACAGAGGAACCGAGGACACAACUAUUAUCACGGUCAACAGUUUUGCCAGCCACUUACAACUCCCAUCUUAUGUGGGAACUUUUAAAAUGGAUUUUAGGUCAGAAUUUAGCACAAUGCAAAUUCACAUACUUCUGCACGGGGCUGCUGGACUUGAAUGUGAAUGGGGGCCUAGUAUAGUGGAUUAAGAACAUUUAUAUAGUCUGUAUCAAGGGAGUGUUUCCUGAUGAGGGAGUUUUAAGUACAGGAGCCCCUCAUGGCUGUGUUUUGACACCUUAAUUAGGUGCUCACCCUAUGGUGGAAUAUCUCUAUGAGAUCCCUGCUCUUUGAAUCACACUGUUUGUUUGUUUGUAUGUAAGCUCUCAUUUAGCUACUUGUCAACAGCUCUGUGUCACUACUGUAUGAUUUUUACUUACUGUAACAGCUAGGUGUUAUAAAUUAACAAUGAAAAACAAUGACUGCGAGAUAUGUAGCCUAUUUGCUUACAUAGAAAGAUUCACCUGACCAGGUACACUGUAGAUUCAAAUAAAGGUUUGAAUGAUACAACGCACAUCUGUCUUGACGCUGCAACCCUCGCAUACGUCUGGAGCUAGUGGUGAAAUGAGGGUGUAGAUUGGAUGUGCUUCCAUCAUAGUUUUUUGUGGUUACUAGUGUAUUCAAUAGUUAGUGCUUCAAAGCCCCAUUUGCACGAUUGUCAUUCUUGUCCAGACAUUGGAGAAAUAUUAGAGCAGAUAUUAAUUCAAUGAAAAUGCAAAAUGAUGAUUCAUUAGAUAUUUCUCCAUAAAUGCUGUAGACCUAAUUUUCUGAGCAUAAUUUUAGAACUUAAAAUAUAAUUUCCAGCCCUAUGCAUUCGCAGCUGUGACUUCACUUUUGAGCAGGGAAGUACAGGGAAAGUAUGUAAAUAUGCUGAUGAUUGCCCUUGCUGGUUUGAUUUUAUAAACAUCAGGUGGUGAAUGACCAUAAUAUAUAGAUCAGGUUCCAACCUAUUAAGAUUGUAGUGCGUAUGUAGGUACACACACUGAUGACAAACUAUACAGAUAGACAUUGUUCAUUAAUUAGGAAGUUGAAUGGGUUUGGUUUGAGCCAGGGUGAUUUAGACAGGGUUUAUAUCAGCCUCGUUGAAAGCAGCCCCGAUGGUUAACACUACAGUGUGGUUUGUAACAUAAAAAGCUAAAUUAAAUUGGCUGGGACCUCUUACACAGCUGGUCCACAACAGAAGCAAGUGGAUGCCUGUUUAGAAUUCCCAUGGCAAAAAGAAACCUGUAUACGAGGCCUUUUGUCCUAUCAAACCUCCUCAACAGGCUAGGUGAACUGUUUGAAGUAAGCAUGUGCUAUGUUCUUGUCUCUGUGUAUUGUACCGGAGGGUUAUGUUGUUAUUGCAUGUUUUAUUGUGUCUGAGGUGAGGCUGAAGACAAUUUCCCAGCCUUUUCUGGACAAUAAAAGCUGUGUUGUAUUA